AUAUAUAUAUAUACACAUAUAUAUCUAUAUAUCGAACCUUCCUUAUAGCGAUCCCUUCCAAUUGAAAGAACAUUACUCGGUUACAACAACGGUGGUUCGGCUAUUUAACUAUCUAUCUACUUAAUGUCGAAGAACAGUUGAUUGAAAUUCUGGAUAACCUGAUCGCACAAAGGCUUCAAGUGUCAGCUCGUCGACAGGCGUGACAGCCUCCUCGACUGUCUCGUCCAACCUCUGUUCUCCCUUUCUUGGUAAAUAUCGGCGUCGGUACCGUCACUCGAUUCCGCGAUGUUCACGGGGACAGUGAAGAUCGAAAUAUGCCAAGCAGUCGGGCUAAGGGCGACGGACAAGCAACGAAAGUUUUGGCAAGAUGAGCCUAUACUCGACCCCUAUGUUCAGUUGGACGUCGACGAGAAUCAUCUUGAUCGUUCGUCCACCAAACCGAAAACGUUCGACCCGGUAUGGAACGAAUGUUUCACCCACGAAGUCCAGGAUGCAGUGACACUUGGAUUGACUGUCUUCCACGACGCGGCAUUACCGCCGGAUUACUUCGUCGCCAACUGUAGCAUUCCUUUCGAGGAACUUGUCAGCAGGAAUGACAAGACUGCAGACCUUUGGAUCAACAAUCAAGUUGUGGUACAGGUGAUGGAGAAGGAAUCGGAGGCAGAGGUGGUGGAAGCAUUACUACUGGGAAGGAACCCAGGAGGGAAUUCAAAGAAAGACAGGGUUUCAACCGGCGUAGGGGUGCUAUGCGACGUAAAGUUCAUCAAGCAAAUGGUCACAAGUUUAUGGCUACCUUCCUGAGGCAACCAACUUUCUGUUCUCACUGCCGUGAAUUCAUAUGUCAAGUCAGGAUACAGAAAGUCCACGUUUCAGUAUAGAUAUGCCACACCGGUUUGUUGUUCACAAUUACAAAAGAUUUACGUUUUGUGAUCACUGUGGAUCACUCUUGUAUGGUUUAUUUAGACAAGGCUUACAAUGUGAAGCUUGUAAUAUAAAUGUUCAUAAGAGAUGCCAGAAAAACGUAGCAAAUAAUUGUGGCAUUAACACUAAGGCUAUGGCUGAGAUUUUAAGUGCAAUGAAUAUAUCACCAGAUAAACAGAUAAAAACUCCAAAGAUUAAUUAUAGAACGACAACUUGUCAGUCUGGUCAAACACCCACAACAAAAAGCAAAAAGGACGUAAUGAACUUCGAUACAGAGUUCACAAAAGAAGAUCCGGUAUUAACACCAGAAGAUCCGGACGAAGUGAGCUACAUAAACCAAGAGGAAUUCCAAGGCUUCUCCUUUGUCAACAAAGACUUCAACCCUGCCAGGUUUGGAGCACAGUAGGAAGUAAGAACGAGCAAAUGAAGAGGAUUCAAUGUUAAUAUCAUCUUAAACGCUUCUUGCUUGGAAAAUUGGCAAGCAUGCCAAUCUGCAAAGCUGAACAUCGGCGUUUUGAAGCUGCUCGAGGUCUCCUCCUUUGUAUUUUAUCUCCACCGGGGGAUAAUUUUACGUGUCAUUGGAAGCAACAUUCAAGCUGUAUAAAAAUGUGGUGGAGAUCGAUAAGAAAUUUGGGAAACCAGCUAGAAACUUCGGUCUAUUUCACGUACAAAAAAAAAAAAAA